AUGAACUUGAGAGCAUAUGCAAGUAAUUCUCCAGAGCUCAACGAAUUCUUCGAAAAGGAAGAAGGUGGGAAAAUCCCUCAAAUGCAGAAACUGCUUAGAAUACUAUGGGACACCUCCACCGACGAAUUCUUGCUCUCUCUGCCUCAAAAACCACCAGAUCAUACCAAAUGGACCAAAAGGAAAAUACUCAAAGAAAUUGCCAGCAUUUACGACCCACUAGGCUUCUUCUCUCCUUCUACUCUCCUUGGAAAACUUUUUCUCCAGUCGUUAUGGAAAAGUAACCUGGGCUGGGACGACACCUUACCAGCUGAAAAGGAAGCUGAGCGGCAACAACUCAUCGAUCAGUGGACUAUACCCGCUCUGAAAAUCGAUCGAAUGAUUGUCGAGAUGGGAAACGAGAGUACUUCAAAAUUCGACCUCCAUGUAUUUACAGAUACAUCAGCAACGGCAUAUUGCGCGGUGGCAUAUCUGGUCCAAGAUCGCCGGAAUUCUCCCCACAAAGUGUCACUCAUCAUGUCGAAAUCACGGUUAGCGCCACUUCAUCAAUCAAUAACUAUCUCACGUUUGGAACUGUCAGUGCACUAUCGGUGCAAAAUUGCUCGCAUACCUAACGAAACAACUCGACGUCGAGAUUCAUCAGAAAUUCCUAUGGACUGA